CCAAUAAUAUUAUGACGUGUCCAAAGUAAAAAUUAUAAUAAAACAUGGGCAACACCCAUUUUGUCCGGGUUAGACCCAUUUCCUACUCUCUUCUCUCUCUCAUCACAUCACCUGACAGGUUCAUUCUCCACUCUUUUUUUUUUUUUUUUUUUUGGUAAUUGAUAGUGAGAGAAACUAGAGAGAGAAAGUAACUCCUGGUUUCACACAAUCACUCUCUCUAGGAUGAAGACCACCACAAAGCUCAUAGUCAUCCACCCUUUUGCACAUAAGCAAGUUGUUUCUCAUCGUAAAUGGCUUCUCAUCAUCCUCUCAUUCUUCACAUUCGCCUUUGCUCUCACUCUCAUCUCCACCACCAGAGACCUCAUUUCCACCACCGCCGCCGCCUCCGCCGCGACAGCCUUUCCAUUACCCAAACCCGUAUUCGAUGCCCUCCUCCACUACGCCGCCAAACCCAAUUCCCCCACCUCCACCAAAAUGUCCACGGCCGAGCUCAGAUCCGUCACCGCCGUCCUACGCCGCUGUCCCACCCCCUGCAAUUUCCUCAUUUUCGGUCUGACCCACGAGACCCCCUCUGGAAUUUCCUCAACCACAAUGGCCGAACCGUCUUCCUCGACGAAAACUCCUACUCCGUCAGCAAAAUCGAAGAGAAAAGCCCCGAAUUUGAAGCCUAAGACGUCCAAUUCACUACCAAAAGUGAGCCAUUUACACGACCUUCUUCACCACGCUAGAGGGAAAAUUCGAAAUGAGUGUAGACCUGUACAGAAACUCCUAUUCUCGGACUGCAAAUUGGGGAUUAACGACCGUCCCAAUUAUGUGUACGAAAUGGGUUGGGAUGUGAUUUUGGUGGACGAGCCAAAUGGGAAUUUUCCGGCGGCGCCGAGGAGGAUGGCGGCGAUAUUCACCGCCGGCAAUAUUUUGUAUCCUAUUUUGAUUAAUCACUCACAGUUUAGAUAUAACUACUAACACCAUGAAGAAGCUCUUGUGUUUUUCGAUCAGAAAUUUCUUUCCAAGAUUCAUCUAAAUUCGAUUAUUAAGAACAUGAAA